AAUAGCAGUUUACAAUAGGGUCAAGUUGAUAGAUAUUCUCUACAGUCUUCCCUUCUAAAAAAGUAAAUUUUAUAAUGGAAUUUAAUAACGAAAUAUAACAAUGAAAAGAAGUAAGUUCUCAUGGACGGAUAUUCUGGAAGGUUAAAAUAACGCAAAUGUAGUGAAUAUAUUUGUUUGUUCGCGUCUUUUUAAGCAGUUAGUACGUGUGAUAGAAAUUACAUUUUUUCUUACUUGCUUACAGAAUAUUCUAUGAGAAAAUUAAGUAAUAUUUCUCAAAGAUUUUUCGAGUAUUAAUAGUUGAAACAUAGUUCAUUAAUUUUAGUACUGAUAGAGUUUGCAUUAGCUAUAUAUCGACAUCAUGUCAUCGAGAUCUCGCGGAAACUACAGAUAUAUCUUUGGUUGACAGGCUUUGAUAGCCUCAAACCCAAUUGCUAUUUUCGGUGAAUGUACUCUCCAACCCCUCGUUUUAGCAAAUUAUAUAUUUUAUUUCUGCCCAAAUUCGAAAUUUCAUCUGCAGUUAUUUUGAAUUUACGAGAGUAAUAUUUUUUCUGUUCGAAAUAACUGGUUCAAUUUCUUAUAUGGACUUCGACAAAGUUCUUUGCGUCAUCAACCAAUCACCGGUUUAUCGAGCUUCAAGCCCGCGCCAUCUUCAUUUUUGAACAAAGCCAGUUGGAAGUGCGUUACGCGAAGUACACUUCGAAUCUCUCCGGUAAAGAUGAGUUCUAAGGAAAAUAACUCUGAAGUCGCUGUCGACAAAGUUACAGAAAACAACGAGAAGGCGGGAGGUGAUGCAAAAUCAGAAGUUAAAGGCACUAAGAGGCCAGCAGAGUCUAAAGGAGAAGAUGUGAAAAAACAGAAAAAAGAGGAGAAUGGCGAGGAGGAUGACGUAGAGGAUGAGGAAGAUGUGGAAGGAGAGGAGGAGGAGGAAGAGGAAGAACUUCCAGAAGGAGAGGAAGAAUUAGAUGAGGGAGAAGAAGAGGAAGAAGAUGAGGGUGAAGGAGAAGGGGAAGGUGAAGAAGAUGAAGAGGAUGCAUAAUGAGAAGUGUGCUAUAAAGACUUGUAUACAGAAAGUGAGCGACGUGUUCCUGCUUCACUAAAAGCUUGGAACUAUGGAGUGAAAAAAUUCACAUCAGUUUGAAAGACUUCGAUGAUGGAUUACAUAGUCAUUCUUUUUUUCUUUCUGUCUAACCAUCGAAACAGUUCUGAAGAUUGAAGUUCUAUGGCGUGUGCUGUGUUAGUUGGAAACAUUUGGGCUAAGGUACCGGUAGGUCUUUUUUAUAAAUAAAUAAAAACCCUUGCAAUGUACCCUGUUUUACUGUAUGAGUGACUAAUUUUUUACUGUGGUAGUUUAGUCCUGAUACAUUGUGUGACAGUAUUGAAAGAAUGGGAGAACUUUAACACUGAUACCCAGGCUCACUCCUUAACUCCAAGUUUUGAAGUGGAAUAUGAAUUUAAUAAUUUUAUAUGGGGGAUUUUAAAAUAUACUAAAUCAUUCACAACACAUGGUUUUAUUUAAAUUUGAUUUUCAUUUCUCACUUAAACUGUGAAUAUUCCCCCAUUACGAAUUUGAAAUAAAGCAGGGAUUAUAGGCUGAGGGCAGCCUUGUAAAGACGAUAUUGGAAGUAAUUCAUUAAUAGUAAUGAAAUGUAAAGAAACGUUUACAACCAAAUGGAAUGACGAAUAUUGUGUGUGUGUUUGAGUUGUGAAAGAAACAAUAUUUUGUAAUAACAGGAGGAUUUUGUUUCAUUUGAGUUGUUUCCUUUUUAAAAGUGUUUUGUUUCCACUCCUACUUUCGAGUUGUAAUAUGUUUCGUCAUGCUGUAACAUAGAAUAGCUAUCUUUUUUUAUUGUGAACAGUGAAUACAAUUUUACUGUACAAAGAUUUUUGAAAAAAGAAAAAUAGACCACAAAAACCUCAGCAGUGGAAUAAAUUUGACCACUUUGAUACAAAUGUGCACCUUUCAGUGUUAACUGCCAGCAAGAAUCAGUCUUAAGAGGCAAUAAAAUGUUUCUCUAGUAAAGUAUGUACUAAUUCAAUUUUGUUUUGAAGAUCUCCUAAAUAGUUGCAGUUGAUGUAAACGUGUAGAUACAUGUAUUGUAACAUUUUUCUCUUAAGAGAAUACCUGUCUGUUACAUGGUCAGUUGAUGACUGUACAUGCUCUGCUCAUUCCAUGUUUGAUAGUUGAAACCAUAUUUUCUAAACUUUGUUUUUUGGCAUUUAAAGGGAAGUGUUAGGAAAGGAAAAUUGCUGUAAAUUUAGGGAGUAUGUAGUGAACUUGUAAUUCUAAUGAGUGACUAAAAGUGGCUAGAAUUAAAUGUGCUUUCUUAUUUCAACCCUUCCAAGUAUGUGCAUAUUAGUGGGAUAUUGGUAGUAUUAUGAAGAGCUUAUUUUCUCAGGGAUGAAUUCCUGUGCGGUAAGUGUAGGAAACGUAUUGCCCUGUGCAAAUAGUGGUGCGAAAUUGGAAGCAUUAUUGGCUCUGGAUUCUAGUUCAGGAAUGGGAGCAGCAAUAGUUCGAUAAGUGCCGCACAUUGCUGUGCUGCUUCCAUCUAGUGGUGGUUGCAUUAUGAAGUUCUGUGAGCGCUCACCAGAGGCGCAGUGGUUACUACGAUAAUGGCGCUGACGUAGCUGGACGCUAGACUUCACAUUGCAUACCUGAAGAUGUACGUACAAAUUGUCCAAUACAAAUAAAAGUCUGAAACUUGAGAUUUUUUAAA